AUACAAUAUUUGUUUCAGUAUGUGGGUAUGGCAUACGUUCCAUACAAAGAAAACAAUCAUAUACUUUAAAAUCCUCUGAUAUCCAAUGUAAAGUUAUACCAAUAUACCUAUGUUUAUUCUUAGCCGUCCAAAGAUCAGUUGUCAAAGAAGCUGAUUCACAA